AUGGCCAGCCAAAGUGAUAAGUCCGUUCUCGGCAUGCCCGGGUUCGUCGUCGACUUCCUCAUGGGUGGUGUUUCCGCUGCCGUCUCCAAGACUGCUGCCGCCCCCAUCGAGCGUGUCAAGCUCCUCAUCCAGACCCAGGAUGAGAUGCUCCGCUCCGGUCGUCUCGACCGCAAGUACAACGGUCUUAUGGACUGCUUCAAGCGCACCACCGCUGCUGAGGGUGUUGUCUCUCUCUGGCGUGGUAACACUGCCAACGUCAUCCGUUACUUCCCUACCCAGGCUCUGAACUUUGCCUUCCGUGACACCUACAAGUCCAUGUUCGCCUACAAGAAGGACCGUGACGGAUACGCCAAGUGGAUGGUUGGCAACCUUGCCUCCGGUGGUAUGGCUGGUGCCACUUCUCUCCUCUUCGUCUACUCCCUCGACUACGCCCGUACCCGUCUUGCCAACGACGCCAAGUCCACCAAGGCUGGUGGUGGUGAUCGUCAGUUCAACGGUCUCAUUGACGUCUACAAGAAGACUCUCGCCUCCGACGGUAUUGCCGGUCUCUACCGUGGUUUCGGUCCCUCCGUUCUUGGUAUCGUUGUCUACCGUGGUCUGUACUUCGGAAUGUACGACUCUCUUAAGCCUGUCGUCCUCACUGGUUCUCUUGAGGGCUCUUUCCUCGUCUCUUUCGGUCUCGGCUGGGCUGUCACCACUGGUGCUGGUAUUGCUUCUUACCCUCUUGACACUGUCCGUCGUCGUAUGAUGAUGACCUCCGGUGAGGCCGUCAAGUACAGCUCUUCCUUCGACGCUUUCCGCCAGAUCAUCGCUCGUGAGGGUGUCAAGUCCCUCUUCAAGGGUGCCGGUGCCAACAUCCUCCGUGGUGUUGCCGGUGCUGGUGUCCUGUCCAUCUACGACCAGGUCCAGCUCAUCCUCUUCGGCAAGAAGUUCAAAUAA